CUCUCUGAGGGCCGACAUCCUGCAGAGACAGGAGGAGGAAGCGCUGGUUACAAAGUAACAACUGUGCAAUGUUUGGGCUCUUCAGCAAAAACAAGCCUGUGAAGAUCAGGAGCUGCAAAGACAACAGGAAGUAUGGCGUUGCUGCAAAAGACAUGAAGGAGUUGCUGAGAAAGGGCUGCAAGGUGUUCCAGUUGCCAUUGUCUGGUGCACACGUCUGUUUGUCUUCGGAUGGGACAGAAGUUACGGAGGAAUUCUUCCAAACUCUGCCGGACAACACUGAGCUGGUGCUUCUCUGCAGAGAUCAGACAUGGGGUGGAGUUGUGUGCGACAUCGGUCAGUUACUGAGCACCGACCGGCACGCCGACGGCCUCAUUGAAGCGGCGAAAGGGCUCCUCUCUGAUGAGCAGUCUCCCAAAAGGCGUAAAAUCCUGACUGACCUGCUGCACAACCUGGACGACAGAUCUGAGCUGGAGAAAAGAGAGGAGGAUGAAGAGUGGUUCAAAGGCGUUGAUACCCGAUUCAAGACUAAAUCCGCCUACAUGAAGUACAACUGUGAGAGCAGGAUACGAGGCUACGUGAAGGAGGUGGAUGCGGCCGCUAAAACCAUACCGAAGGCCAAAGUCAGGGAAGAGUUUCUGAAAACAUCCAAAUGCCUGGCAGGAAUGCUGAAGGCGGCAAAGCACAACGGCUGCUACUUUGACAGGACUGAGAAGGAAGCAGAUCGCCUCUGUACUCAGGCCGGGUGGUUCACCUGCCAGGGUUCAUUUGAGCAGGAAGUGUGCCAGUCCCUCCACUCCAUCAACCCCUACGGCAGCCGAGAGAGCAGGAUCGUCUUCAGCACGUGGAAUCUGGACCACAGGAUUGAGAAGAAGAGGGCGAUCAUUCCCGCUCUGCUGGAAGCUCUGCAGGAUCACAAGAGCACCGACGUCAACCUGAGCUACUUCUACCGCCUGCUGUUCACCAGGGAGAACCUGAAGCUGGUCCACAUCGUGUGCCACAAGAAAGGAGCUCACAACCUGCUGUGUGACGCCGAAGAGAUCUUUAACACGGGCAAAGCCAAACAGAAGGCCAAAGGAAGGAAGAGGCGCUUGGUGUGAAUAUUUGUGACUCUUGCUUUUAUGAAAAACACUGUUUUUUUUUAUUUGUAUUAACUGUGACAAGUGCUACACUGAUAAAUGAUGUGAAUAAUUAUCUCAGAGGCUGCCUGUAGGAAGAUCAGAUCAGCAAUGUGAACUUUGAUUUGAUUUUAUUAUUCUUUUUUUUUUUAAAACAUAUUCUGCUUUGUGAACCAGUGAAGCCUUUAGGAGCAUUAAAACAGACAGUGCUUUGUAAGACAGACAAAAGUACACUUGAACAAACCAGGUAAUUAUGAAAAACAUUUAUUUUUGUCUUUGUUGGCACAGUGAUGGAAAAAUGCAUGAAUUGAUGACAAUGCGGCGUUCACUCAGUCAGAAAGUUGCAUAGGAGUGAACAGCACUAGUGCAAUUACCUCAAAGUUAGAUGACUAGAUAA